AUGACCGACAGUGAACGAGAUGAGAAGCAAAAUUCUUCUGUUGCGGUCGCUUCAGAAGCUGUCAGCGAUGCCGCGGCAGAAAAGCGUCUCGUGAGAAAAACGGAUCUGCUCAUGAUGCCCGGUCUUGCACUUGCCUACUUCACGCAUACACUGGAUCGGGCGAACCUCGGAAACGCAAAAACAGAUGGCAUCGAGAAGGACCUCAAUCUUCAGGGAAACCAGUUCUCACUUCUCCUGGUUCUGUUCUACGUCCCCUACGCCCUCUUCAAUAUUCCGUGGACAAUCCUCGCCAAGAAGUACAACUCUUCGCUCAUCAUCCCCAUCGCCAUUGCGGUAUGGGGAGCUUGUACGCUUGGCGCUGCUGGCGCUACGAACUUUGCCGGUAUCAUGGCGACUCGCAUCAUCAUGGGGGCAGUGGAAGCUGCGUACAAGCCGUGUGAAGUGUACUACCUGUCGCUCUUCUAUACUCGCAAAGAGAUGGGAUUUCGAGUGUGCUGGAUAGGUCAAAUGGGAUUCAUUGCUGGGGCCGUGAGUGGUUUGAUCUCGUGGAGUGUCUUCAGAUGGAACGGGGAGUUGCAUGGAUGGCAAUAUCUUUUCAUUAUUGAAGGUGCUAUCACAAUUGGUGUUGCGAUCUUCCUGUACCUGUUCGCUCCUCGAAGCCCAGACAAAUGCCGAUGGUACACCGAUGAUGAACGCCGCAUCGCCAGAGUGCGUCUCGAACAAGAUUCGCAAGAUCAGGACAAGAGAUUCCGAUGGGAAGAUGCGAAGAAGCAACUCCAACACUGGCCCACCUGGGCGUUCGCCUUCCUCGCCUUGAUGUACGGUGUUGGUGUUGCUAGUAGUUCGAACUUCCUACCUACUCUCAUCAACCGCCUCACCAAGGAUUCGACGAAAGCGAAUCUCUACACAGUCGGCCCAAACCUAACCGCCUCGGUUUGCCAGCUCGCCAUCACGUGGCUAUCAGACCGAUACCAGCAACGUGCCUCAUUUUCGUGCGGCACACUCGUCAUUUCACUUUUGGCGUGGAUCCUCCUCGGAACCUUGGAUCUCGUCAACCACCAAAAGAUCGGCUACUUCAUCACCUAUCUCAUCACUUUCGCGACCUUUGUCCCUUCCAACCUGAUCCCGGUUUGGGUUGCGUCGAAUACUCCGACCACAACGGGGCGUGCCAUUGCCCUCGGCGUCAACUACAUGGCCAUGAACCUGGCUGGCGUGAUAUCGUCCAUGGUCUUUCGGCGGGAGGAUGCUCCGGUGUACAGACCAGCUUUGAUCACUGUCGGUGUUACUCAGGGCGUCUUCAUCAUUGCUUGUCUGGCUUUGAGACAGUACUAUGUGAGGUUGAACAAGAAAUUGGAUUCCGGUGAACUGCCAUAUGCUCCGGGUAUGGAAGCGCGGCCCGGGUAUCGAUAUGCAAUCUAG